UCUUAACAACGGCGAGUAUAGAAUGCGGGAGAUCUGAAAAAUGAAAAUGAAAUUGUUUACAAUUUCCCACUCGAACUUUAUCAAAGUUAAUAGCAGGAACAUUGAUUUAAAUAACUUUCUUGGUUAUAUCUGGAAACCAGAAGCUUAUUAUAAGAACCAAAUAUUCAAGGAUGUAUGGACAAAAGAGCGACCAGGACUGUUGCGGCAGUAUGUUGCUGAAGUUGCACUCAAUCAGGCACACCAAGACCCAAAAUCGUCAACAGCUAUAGAGGUGAUACAAGCAAUGACCCCUGUAACACAAGUAAAGUUGACAUCAGUUAUAAACCCUCCUUCAUCAUCAUCAGUACAGGUGACACCAGUAAUGACCUAUCCUUCAUCACCAGUGCAGGUGACACCAGUAAUGACUUCAUCAUCACCAGUACAGAUAAAACCAGUAAUGAACCCUAUUUCAUCACCAGUACAGAUGGCACCAGUAAUGAACCCCAUUUCAUCACCAGUACAGAUAAAACCAGUAAUGGCUUCAUCAUCACCAGUACAGAUGACACCAGUUAUGACUUCAUCAUCACCAGUACAGAUGACACCAGUUAUGACCUAUCCUUCAUCACCAGUACAGAUGACACCAGUAAUGACUUCAUCAUCACCAGUACAG